CAAGCACUUCCUCCCUUAUUAUUACCCGCCACCCACCUCCUCCGGAACAUUGAUUGUUGGAAACUGAGCAGAAUCACGAGCAACCAUCAACGCCGGAACAGGGUAGAGAAUCCAGUUAGGACACACUCUACAAAAGCUGUCCGCCAUGGACACAGCCGACUCCGCCGCGCGGGGCGUGACGGGGAACGCGGCGAGCAGCUCAAGCAGCUCGCUUGGUGCGGCGGCCGCAUCACCCAUAGAGAGGAGCAAUUCCCAAUCCAGUGCCCACAAACCUAGCCAUAUUGCUACGCACCGGCAAAGCUUCAUCGAGAACCAGAGAUUCCCUCCGGCGUCCCCUCGCAACCACCGACACCCGUCCUUUACACAGCAGGCACUUCAGGAGCUGAUGAACCACCCGCCCUCCAGCAGACACCCAAACCCCCGAUACGCAGGCAGAGACUGGAGAGAUGUGGCUGUGGGAGAGCUCGCAGUGCCCGAGGAUGUCAGGUGGGCCGAUCUGGACUCGAGUGUCCAAGAAGCUACUAUGCUUCUACUUAAGAACAACCCGAUGAAUGUUGUUCUUGUGCGCGAGUCGCCAUCUUCCAAAACAGCAAUUUCCACCUUCGACUACAGCGACUUAAAUGCCUACCUGCUAGCAGUCGUGUCCGUUUUAAUGCCCCCUGGUAUAGUGCCGAGGCCAGAUGAAGAACGCGUCUCUCUGUAUGAGGAGAUCUCGAAAAAGGCUCAAGCUCAAGAGGAUAUUCCACUGCGGGAGAUCCAGCCGCUUCUCCGGAAGGAAGAGUUAGCAACUCUCCCUGCUGAGGUGACACUCGACAAGGCUAUGGAGGCGCUCGGGAGUGGGAUUCAUCGAGCUCUGAUCGUUAACCAGGCCGGGGAAGUGAUCGGGGUUCUCAGUCAGCUGCGCCUCGUCGAGUUCUUUUGGAACGAAGCGGUCAACUUCCCCGCCAUUGAAAGACUAUACGGAUGCCUUCUCCGGGAUCUCCAGAUUGGCACGCAUCAGAUCAUUGCCAUCAACCUUGAUCGCCCUCUAACCGAUGCGUUACUGUUAAUGCACAAUGAGGGGCUCACAUCUGUGGCAGUUGUUGACCAGGGACUGAACGUUGUGGGCAAUAUCUCAACCGCCGAUGUGAGGCAUUUGACAACUGCAGCCAGCUUGCCUCUCCUCAAGAACUCGUGCAUGAACUUUAUCAGCGUCAUCCUUUCAGAGCGGGGAAUGGAACACGGCCGCGACUCGUUCCCAGUCUUCCACGUCAACCCCUACUCGACCCUUGGACACACAGUCGCGAAACUCGUAGCAACGAAGUCCCACCGCAUGUGGGUGGUCGAGUCUGCGUCCCCAUCGCCAAGCGCCCCAGCAACUCCCCUCCUCCAGCCGAGCCACCCGGUCGGACCUUCGCCCUCUUCAUCAACAGUUGCAGUAGGCAGCUCCCCUCCAUCCGCAACUGUUAUCAUUCCCCCGCCAACCAACGCACCGGCUCCGCAAUCCCCGCUUGCCAACCAAACCUUCACAACCACCGUGAUACCAAGUGGUCUGCCUGGGGCACACCUGUCAGGCCGCUUGACGGGCGUGGUGUCCAUGACGGACAUUCUGAAUCUUUUCGCCAAGUCCAGCGGUCUGCGCCCUUCAGAUCCGUCCGAGAUACGGGCCAGGAGACGACGAAGCUCGAGCGCGUCGGUGCGGCCCAGUUUCGAUGGCUCACGUGCUAGCAUCGACUUAAGGAGAUAAGAGGGAAGGGCGAUUUUGCAGUUCGAACAAGGCGACCGUAUCAUGGAGUGCUAUCGAGCCAACCUUCGCGCUUGAGGGUUUUGCGGGUGGGUAUAAUCGUAUCUCAUCUGCAACCGGGGACAGUUGCAUUUAUCAGUCACAGCAUUGUUGGCUUGGGUUGAGUUUUGGGGUAGUUCUAAGACUGCUUGCCGUCUGAUGCGGU